GCGACAGUGCAGUUGAUGGACUCGAGUUACAACAACCACUGAGAUCUCCCCCUUCCUCUGUUUCUUGUCUCACAUUAACCUGGCUGAUCAUAACAAGACCUGCAUUUACAACGAGCUGCACUGCAUCAAGUUGAGGCAUUACCACAACAUUCGCGUCAACCAGCAUCGACCAACCAAGGCCAAGGCCAAGUAUGGGAGCGAUCCGCUUCUACGGACACACAAAGCCGUUUGGCUUCAUGAGCAACUUCUACCCUGCGAAAGUGGUGAUUGAUGGCCACACAUGGCCAACCACAGAACACUACUUCCAAGCCAUGAAGUUCCACGACAAAGACUACCAGGCCCAGAUCCGCAAAUACUCAUCGCCGUCGACUGCAAAGAAGCUUGGUCAAACACGGGCGGUGAAGCUGAGGAGCGACUGGGAGGACGUCAAGUAUGAUGUCAUGUACAAGGCGUGCUUGGCCAAGUUCACACAACACGCGGAUCUGCGCAAACAGCUGCUGGACACGGGCGACGCAAAGUUGAUCGAGCACACGAGAAAUGACCGGGUAUGGGGCGAUGGUGGCGAUGGCACGGGCCAGAACAAGCUCGGCCAGGUCCUGAUGGAGGUACGCCGCGAGUUGAGAGAGAAGGGACCCUCACCCGCGCACGCAGCACAUGAUGUUGCCAAGGCGACUGACAACGCCGACGAUGAUGGUGAUGCUGGCGAUGACGAUGAUGAUGGCGAGGAGGGCACAUCAAGCACAACAACUGCUGGCACUACAGACGGCGUGCCCAAGCGUGCAAAGCGCACCAUGCUUGACUUUGUGGCCAAGGACACAGCACCCAGCACAUCCCCAACACGCCGAAGUGGAAGGAACGUUGUGCAGUACAAGACGGGGGAUCUUCUCAAAGCAACCGAACAGUGCAUUGCACACCAAUGCAACGCCGUCUCAACAUACGCGAAAGGCUUGUCAAAGGUGAUCUUCAGUCGGUAUCCACAAGCGGAUCUGUACACGAAGCAGCACAAGCAAGCGAGCAAGAAGAGCAAGCCCGGCACAACGCAGUUCCAUGCAGGCAAGCCGCAUUGCGUGAUCAACAUGGUGGCCCAGCGCUCCCCUGGUCGCCCGCGCGCGUCUGAAACCGCAGAGCAGCGGCUGGAAUGGUUCAAGGAGUGUCUUGCCAAGAUUGCCGCCAACAAGGACAUUGAAUCCGUCGCCUUCCCCUACAUGAUUGGGUGUGGCCUCGCUGGUGGCAAGUGGGAAGAUUACAAGGCAGCCAUUGCUUCGUUUGCUGCACGCAAUCCUCACAUCCAAGUCGCCAUCUACAAGCUGCCAGCAUAACUGCACAUGGCACUGCUUUCUUCCUUUGAUGGCACUUUCUUGUGUUGUUUUAUGUAUGUGUGUGUUGUGUUGUGUUGCGUUGUGUGUGCGUGUGUUGUACGUGUGCGUGUGUGUGUUGUGCCGCUACACUGUGCGAUAUGCGACUGAUGCGUGUAGAAUUGAACCGUUUACAGUGUAACCGAUGAUGAUG